CUCGAAGAAGCCCUGGCGCGCCCUCCCCCCCUCCCCGGUCUGGUAGGGCGAAGGAGCGGGCGCGCGGUCGAUCGAGCGAUCGGUUGGCGGCUCUUUCUCCUGCUCUGGCAUCCAGCUCUUGGGGCGCAGGCCCGGCCGCCGCGGCGCGCGCCCGGUGGCCGUUGGCGCUCGCGCCGCGUCUUUCUUCUCGUACGCAGAACUCGGGCGGCGGCCUAUGCGUUUGCGAUUCGACGAGGAGUCGUCCGGGUGGUCGGCGGCGGCGGGCAGCUGCUCCGCCCCGCUCCUGGGGAGGCGGCGGGAUUUGGCGCGGCCGGGGAAGCUGGGGUGGCCGGGGCCGGCCUGGAGGCCUGGCGCCACCCUUCGGGGCCUGCAAGGACCCAGUUGGGCGGGCAGGAGGGGGCCGGGGGAUGGUUGGUGGUGGGCUUCCUACUUUGCCUUUUUCUCCUUAUGCCGCCUUAGUGAGGGGCGGGAGCUCUGGCGGCAGCUCCGGGGUGGAGAGACAGGCUCCGGAGUCGGAAGAGCUGGGUUUGCUUCCGGGCCUAGCCACCAGCUGGCCGAGUGACCUUAGGCAAGUCACUUGGUAAUUUGUCUGCGCCUCAGUUUCCUCCUCUGUCAACGUUUGUGGGAUUGAAAGCGCUUUGUAAACUAUAAAGCGUCGGUGAAUGUAAGGGAUGAUUAUUGUUCGUAAUGGUUGGCUUUUUUUUUUUUUUUUGAGUUGUAAGAAAACUUAGCAAUUGCCCAGUCCUUGGAUUUUGAACCUGGGAACCUUGGAUUGGAGUUGGAUAUUCCCAAUUUCCCUGAAAUUGUGUGCAAAAGUUAGUGGGAAUAUGUAUUUUAGGGGAAUGAGGAUCCAUCGGCAGCAAGUUUUCUGAGGGGGCUGUGACCCAGAAGAGUUAAGAACCACAAUUCCUUUGCCGCAAGGAGGAAACUGAGGCCUAGAUGUCAUUUGGGACCCGUCACAACCAAUUUGAAGCCCCUGUUGAAUCCCUGGGAUAUGUGAGCUGUUCUAUGCAUAGUGGGUAUUCGGGGUAACAACACUCCACUGCUUGGCUUCUAUUCUGAAUCUUUUCACCAUGGGUUGCCUGAAAGGUGGCUGACGCAUAUGGUACAGUGGCACCCAAUAUAAAGCAGCUAAAAGUAGGAGUGGAUGUGUUCUCUAGUAUCAAGAAGCCUGUUUAAUCUUUGGCCCAACAACUUUUUAUUUUCUGGUGCCUGACUACCUUUCUGUUUCAUUGAACAUUUUCCAUGACCAUGGCUGCCAUCCGUUACUUGCUCCUAUCUUAUAUUCUUAGUUUGUGUGGUUGGUAGUGAGCAGGCUUAUUUUUAAAUGGUGCUGCCAAGUCCAGCUAAUUAAUGGUGCAGGUGGAUUUUUAGCAAGCUGGCUGACUGGAACAAACUGAACCAGGCGUGGGAUUCCUGAAGAUGUUUGGGGGUUUGUCUUUAUUAAUUGAAGGUUAACAUUCUCUGAAAAGUUUUGUUAGAAUGUCUGCUGAACCUCUAAAUCAGUAGAUUGCAAGUGUUUCAAACCUUAACUUUCUCCCCCUCGGCCUGCUUUGUAUUCUCUUUGCUUGCAAGUGUGUUACUAAGAUGGCCAAAAUGCCAGUUUUUGCUUCUUUGUUAAUUGUCAGCUGCUUUUAUCAAAUUCCAGGCCAUUAUCCAGCAAACACUAUAGAAAUGUUUGAACACUUGGAUUUCAAACAUUUUCACUUUGUGGAGUGGUGCUUACCAGUGGUACAGUUCUAAGCAAGUAAACACAAACCCACUUAAGUGUUUUGUUUGUUAGGUGUUAGCCGGUUCUGCUAUUUCAUACAGACAUCUGGGAAAAAUCAAUUGACUAUUCCCUUUACCUAGAGGGCAGAGACAAAGAAUCUCAAUUCCAGAGGAGUGACUGUUUUGGAGAAAGAUGUGUUGGUCUUUUAGCUCUUUUGUAAUUAAAUCUGGAUGUACCUCAAAAGAAUCUUAAGACUGUGGUGAUAAGAUGCUUUCCUCAGGAGAAAGGAGGAAAAAAACAACUGGAACUCAAAGCUUGAAAUUCUGUGACAAAACAUGAGCUGUCCAGGAUAGGAAGUUGAAAGUGUUUCACUACAGCGUUCUGCUCUCGCUGGAACAGAUGUCCUUCAGUGUAGUCAUGGCGUGGACUCCAGAUUUCCAGAUUUUCAAGAACUGGAUCU